AUGCCAGAACAAGAGGAGCUUAUGAAACUGUUGCAGAUGCAAAGCAAAUUACUGGAGCAAUUGACUCAAAAAUCAAAGCAGCCAGUAGAAAAUUCAAAGGAACAGUUGAUGGAGUCAUUGGCAAAAAGCAUAGCAGAAUUUUGCUAUGAUGCCACAAACGCACUCACAUUCGACACGUGGUAUGCACGUCACGAAGACGUUUUCUUCGUCGAUGGCAAAGAUUUGGACGAAGCAUCACGCGUUCGCCUCUUAAUGAGGAAGCUAAAUCCAAUUGCGUAUAACAAGUAUGCAACAUAUAUUUUACCAAAAAAUCCACGAGAUUUCACAUUCGAAGAAACAGUCUCCAAGCUGGGAGAAAUGUUCGGUGCAAAUGAAUCGCUCUUCAGUAUAAGAUACAAAUGUUUGCAAAUUAGUAAGAAUCAACAGGAAGACCUGGUAUCGUAUGCAGCCAGGGUCAAUGCUCAAUGUGAAAAAUUUAGACUGUCGGAACUUUCGGCAGAUCAAUUCAAAUGCCUCAUCUAUGUAUUUGGGUUGCAAGCACACACAGAAGCCGACAUUCGUAUAAAAAUAUUGGCAAAACUAGAAGAAGAUUCACAGCAAACAUUAAACUCUCUGGUGAGUCAUGCGAAAAAAUUCAUCAAUCUAAAGAAAGAUACAGCAAUGGUGGAAGAGACAAAAGCCGUAAUAACCAACGCAAUACAUGCAAAUACACGCCAAAGCAAGAACGAUGCAACUAAAAAUAGCAAAACAAAUAAAGCGAAGAUUCCAAAAACACCCUGUUGGAAUUGCGGAGACAUGCACUAUGCAAAAUAUUGUACAUAUCGCAAUCAAAAGUGUAACAAAUACGGUCAUACGGAGGGGUACUGUAAUUCAUACAGCGCCAGCAAAAGCAAAAGCACAAGACCUCAGCGACACAAGCAACAACAAACGAGCAACAAAGGUCACAACAGUUGCUUACAAGUAAAUUCAAUAACGCAUGUUAAUCGACGCAAAUACGCAACCGUAAGCAUAAAGCCGAUAGAAACCGCAACUUCAUCGUUUCCGUCGUGUGAUGUCAGAAUGCAGGUGGACACCGCCUCGGACGUCUCGCUAAUGGGAAAGUUCACAUGGAUACAAAUGGGUCAACCGGGAAUACGGUUGGAGAACAAAUACGUUACCAGCGCAUCAAAAGAUAAGAUUCAACUACUAGCCGAAUUUUCUUGUGAAGCUAGGCUAAACGGGGAAGUACAAUACUGUAAUUUAUUCGUAGCAAAUAUUGAUUCUUUGAACAUCUUAGGAGUUGACUGGUGUGACAUUUUCCAUAUUUGGGAAAAGCCUCUCAAUCUCAUUUGUAACAACAUCAUAUCGGUUCAAGAUCAACAAUCUACUAUUUUGAAGCAUAUACAGCAAGACUAUGCGGACAUAUUCAAGCCAAAUCUGGAAAGUUGUAGCACAGUUACAUCAGCAUUGCAUCUAAAGCCGGAUGCUAAACAAAUUUUUCGCGCAAAAAGGCCAGUAGCACAUUCCAUGCUACCGUACAUUGAAGAAGAACUAAAUAGAUUACAUCAAUUAGGGGUUAUCACCCCUGUAGAAUUUUCUGAAUGGGCAGCGCCUAUCGUCGCAGUGAAGAAACCGUCUGGCAAGGUUCGGAUCUGUGGCGAUUAUUCAUCAGGGCUAAACGCAUGGUUAGAGCCGCAUCAAUAUCCGCUGCACACGCCAGAAGAAAUUUACGCAAAGGUCGCGGGAAGUCAUUGUUUUACCGUAAUAGACCUAUCAGACGCGUAUCUACAGAUACCCGUCACAGCAGAGUCAGCCAAGCUGCUCACCAUUAACACGCAUAUGGGUCUGUUUACGUUCAAUCGACUCGCACCAGGUAUCAAAAGCGCUCCAGGAGCGUUGCAACAAAUCAUGGACACCAUAUUGGCAGGCAUAGAUGACACCGUCGCUUACAUAGAUGACAUCAUUAUAGGCGGUGCAACCUUUGAGAAACAUGUCGAAAACCUUCAUAAAGAGGCGCAACAGAUACAGAAGUAUAAAUUUCGGGUCCAGUUCGACAAAUGCAAAUUUUUUGCUGCACAGGUAAAAUAUUUGGGAAACAUUUUAAGCAAAACAGGUAUAAAACCUGACCCCACCAAAAUAAGCCGGAUUCUAGCACUACCAGAACCCAAAAAUAUGUCAGAAGUGCGAGCAUUUCUGGGCUGUGUAAAUUAUUAUGGAAAAUUCAUCGCAGAAAUGUCCAAAAUCAGAGCACCUUUGGACAAAUUGCUUCAUAAAAAUGAAAAGUUUAAUUGGAACGCUGAUUGCCAAAAAGCUUUCCAGCAAUUCAAACGCAUUUUAAAUUCAGAUUUAAUGCUUACGCAUUAUAACCCCAAUUUACCAUUGAAAGUGGCAGCAGACGCCUCCAAUAGAGGAAUCGGUGCGUUUAUUUGUCACGUUUUUCCGGACGGAUCAGAGAAGGUUAUACAACACGCCUCAAAAGCUUUAACGGAUGCAGAGCAAAAGUACUCGCAAAUUGAAAAGGAAGCAUUAGCAUUAGAUUUUGCGCUAAAGAAGUUCCACAGAUUUAUUUUUGGACGUAAGUUCACAUUGUGCACGGAUCAUAAGCCGCUAAUCGCAAUAUUUGGUAAAAAUAAGGGCAUCCCAACGUACGCAGCAAAUAGGCUUCAGCGAUGCGCACUAAUAUUGAUGAUGUACGACUUCAAUAUCCAAUACAUUAAAACAACAGAAUUUGGAUGUGUAGACAUGCUUUCGCGCCUUAUAGCCAAUCACACAAAGCAAGACGAAGACAUGGUGAUAGCUUGUACGCAAAUGGAAGAAGAAAGGAACACGAUUAUUGAAGACCAAUGUGAAAAACUUCCGGUGAGUUUUGAAAUGAUAAGAAAAGCUACAAAGCAAUGUUCAACGGCCCAAGCUGUCAUAAACGCAUUAUCAAAUGGAUGGAAGCAAGAAAUAACACCAGAAUUACAGCCACUUUAUGCACGGAAAGAUGCACUCAGCGUGAUUCAAGAGUGCCUAAUGUUUCAUGAACGCAUAGUGAUUCCGAAGAAAUUACAACUACGAAUUUUACGUCAACUACACAGAGGACAUCCAGGUAGAGAACGGAUGAAAUUGUUAGCAAGGAGUUACAUGUAUUGGCCUGGUGUGGACGAAGAUAUAGUCUCGUAUUCACGAAAUAGUCAACUUUGUGCAUCAACAGCAAAAAUGCCUGUAAAACAUACACUUCGAUCAUGGCCGUUAGCAACAAAACCAAUGGAACGGUUACACAUUGAUAUAGCAGGACCAUGCAAUGGUUUUUAUUACUUCGUAAUCGUAGAUGCAUUUUCAAAAUGGCCUGAAAUUUUUCAAGUAGAGAAUAUCACAACGCAAACAAUCAUUAGCAAGCUAAAUGAAACGCUUUCACGUUACGGAGAUUGUGACACACUGGUCUCCGAUAACGGCACACAAUUUACGAGCGGAGCGUUCGAACAAUUCGUAACAUCGCGGGGUAUUCAACACAUAAGGACAUCGCCUUAUCAUCCCCAGUCCAAUGGACAAGCGGAACGGUUCGUAGAUACACUGAAAAGGGCAUUAAAAAAUUAA